AUGAAGCAAGGGUUGCCGGGCUUACAUGGGUGCAAACAAAGAGACGCGCUCAAAACUGAACCCCAGAGUCCAUCGCCCACUAAGAACCCCAGGAUCCCACGCCCUCACCCCAAUUUGAACCCCCAGGAUCCCACGCCCUCACCACCCUUUAAACCCCAGGGUCCCACGCCCUCACCACCCUUUAAACCCCAGGAUCCCACGCCCUCACCACCCUUUAAACCCCAUGAUCCCACUCCCUUACCACCCUUAGAACCCCAGGAUCCCACUCCCUCACCACCCUUUAAACCCCAUGAUCCCACUCCCUUACCACCCUUAGAACCCCAGGAUCCCACUCCCUUACCACCCUUAGAACCCCAGGAUCCCACUCCCUCACCACCUUUAGAACCCCAGGAUCCCACUCCCUUACCACCCUUAGAACCCCAGGAUCCCACUCCCUCACCCCAAUUUGAACCCCCAGGAUCCCACUCCCUCACCACCCUUAGAACCCCAGGAUCCCACUCCCUUACCACCCUUAGAACCCCAGGAUCCCACUCCCUCACCACCUUUAGAACCCCAGGAUCCCACUCCCUUACCACCCUUAGAACCCCAGGAUCCCACUCCCUCACCCCAAUUUGA